AUGGAAUCUUCAUCUAAUUUAACAUCACCAUAUAUUGAUACAACAUCAUUACCUUCAACACCCUUGUCAUGCGUUUCCGAUAAUUAUUCAACGAAUCAUGAAAAUAAGAAAUCAUAUUCAUUAUCUUCAACGCAAACUCCAACAAAAAAUCUUAGCUUUUCUGAUUUUUCAUGCUCUUCGCCAAGUUCAAUAAAUUAUGAUACUCCAGACGAAAUAACAAGCUUCCUUACUGCAAUAAAUACAAAAUAUAAUGUAGAAGCGUACUCAUUAAAUGAUGUGAUCCAAGUUAUUGAUUUGUUACUUCAAAAAGAACGUAAAUCUGCGGCAAAAGCACAAAUUAACGAAAUCAAACCUCAGUCAAAUUCAAUUGAUUCUUCAAUAAAAAUUGAAAUAUCGGAGCUCAAAAGUCAGAUUGUAAAUAUACAGCACUCAAAUACUAUCCUCACCAAUACAAAUAAUACUUUAUCUGAUAAGAUCAAGUCUUUGGAGACAGAAAACAAAUCAAUUCAUGAUGCAAUUUUGUCUCAACAGUCAUUAAUCGAAGAACAAUCUACAACUAUUCAAAAACUAAGUGAACAAAGAAAUAAUCUUAUUAAAAUUUUGCACAAACAAACCGAUUUGAUUCAAAAAUUCGAAGCACUACCUAGUGUUACCAAAGUGAGAGUACAACCACAAGUUAGAGAGUCAAAUCCUCAACCAAAGCAAAAUUCACCUUCAGAUACUUCAAAUGAUAUUAUUUAUUCCAACUUGAUCUCAAUUGUUAAAAUGAUUAGUGAUAGCAAGUUCAAUAAUAUUAAUGAAUUUCAAGCAAUUCGCGAUAAUGCGGAAAUCAAACCAAAUGAGCGCACAAUGCUAAUUGUAAAGAAAUUAAUUGAUCAAUAUUCACAACAAGUAGAAGUAAAUAAUAACAAUCAGUCAACAAUUGCAAAACUUAAUAAUGAAAAAUUGCAUUUGCAUGAUAAAUGCAUGGAAGUUCUUUCUUUGUUUGAAGAACAACUAAGAUUCUUGCAAAACCUUUCACAUUCUAAUGAUUUGCAAGCUGCUGUUUUUUAUAAUGAAAAGACAGGAACAUCAUUUUAUCUCACUGAUUGCAACAAGGUAGAAUUAAUAAGAAGAUGUGCAAACUUAGGAUCUUUUAUUGAAAACACUCUUGGUGAUAUUACAGAACAGAAGUUUAAUGAAUCAUUGCAACUACCUUCUUCCAUUAAUCCAACUGGAAUCUUCAAUCUUCUACAGCCAACAAAGAUGCAAGAAUUCAUAUCAAACAUGUUAAGUAAGAUCACAACCCCAUCUGAUAUUGAUGCAAGACAAGUAUUUGAUAUUCUUUGUGCUCAAAUUUAUAUCAAUGAUUUAUUGAAGAAUUAUGCAAGAGAUAUUUCGAUAAUUGCAGCGAAGAGGAAGAGAGAAAUCGAAAGCUUGCAGCAAAAUCAAUCAAAUAAUUAUUCACAGGAAAUAGAAUUGAUGCGUAAAAGAGAUAAAACAAUGCGAAGAUUCUUAUUGAAGUAUAUUGAAGUUGACAAUCCAGAAGAUAUCCCAACUUUUGUUCUACUUAAGCAAUUUGUAGCUGCAGCUCAAGAAGAAAUUAGAUCAAAUCAGCAACACAAUUAUGUUGAGGAUAGUUCAACAACCUCAUCACCAAUUUCAAUUGAAUCUUCAUCAACAUUGUCAAGGAAGUCAUCAAAAUCAUCAUCUUCUUCGAAACGAUCACAACAAACAGAAGCAGUCAAAAUAGAAAUAACACAGCUUCAGGAUCAGAAUAAUAAUUUGAAUCAGCAGAUUCAACAACUAAAUGACGAAAAGUCAAGGAUGCAAAAGUUGUUGGAUGAAACAAUCCACAAUCUAGAUUUAACGAAGCAAGAAACAGCAGAUAAAGAAAAGAAACUAGAAGAAGAAAUAUCAAAAAAGGAUCAAGAGAUUUCGGAAACACAAGAAAAACUCAAGAAAUCAGAAGAAGUUUGUGAAUCACUCACAAAAACAUUAAGCGAAAAUGAAGAAAUAGUUAAAACAAUUAAGAAACAAAGGAAGAUGAUUAGAAAAACAAUUGAAAGUUUACAACUAGAAAACAAAAAUCUCAAACAAGAUAUUUGCAAUUGCAAACAAGCUAAUACAAACAUGACUAAUCAGUACACUGAAUCAACCGAAAAACUUCAUAAAGAAUUAGAAAACUCCAUUCAUGAAGCCGAAGCUUUAACAACACAAAAUUCUCAGCUUUUAACACAGAUUCAGCAACAAAAAGCUCAGCUAUCUAAACUUUCAAUUGAAUGCAAGACUCUUGAAAUGAAACUCAAAUCAGCAGAGCAAAAACUUCAAAUUCAGAAUCCACCAAAGCCAUUGAUUGAUUAUCAAGAUCUUACAACAAAAGUUACAAAUCUUACAAACGAAAAUAAUUCUGCAUUCAAGAUUCUUUCUUCAGCUUUAGUUGGCAUUUCAGCGCCUUCCAAUUUAAUUGAAGCGUCCAAUUUCAUUGUUGAAUUCAUUAAUAAACUUAAGACAUCUCAGUUAAACACAACAAAUAUGAUUACGCUCCUUAGUAAUAUCAGAUCUGCUUUAGGAAUUGAUGAAUCAAUAGAUAUUUUGCAAACGAUUCAUGAGCUAAUUCAAACUGAUAGUAAUAAUAGAAAUAAUUUAAUUUCUGAUGAAAAAGUUCUACGUGAUGCCCAAAUCGAAAUUGAAACAAUUAGGAAAGACUUAUCUUUUGCACAAAAUCAGCUUGUUACACUUAAACAAUGGGAGAACUGGGCGAGAAGAGUCUAUGGAAUCAUCAACGAGAAUUCCAAAUAUCAGAUCGGAAGCAGUGAAAUCCGAUUGAAUCUGGAAGAAGCUCUACUUGCAUCAGUUUCUCACAGAUCUAUAUUCACAAAACUAGACAUUCUCAGAUCAGAAAAGAAGUCAUUCUUAAAGUUUGAUCGUACAAUUCUCCUUGCAAGGUCCAAUAAUUCACCACUUCAAUCGAUUAGACCAUUGAUAAUCCUAGCUGUGACUUUACACAAGGUACAAAAAAUGGCUGGAUGCAUAUCAAUAGCCCCUACUUAUCAAAGGCCAAGAACAAUUGAUAAUGAAUAUACCGAAUUUGAACAUAAUCGCCCAAAAUUGAAGAAAAUUAGAUCACAUUCAAGCAGAAAAUCUUCGAACCAGCCUUUAAUUCCUAUCUGCUGA